AGUACUGCACAGGAUGCUGCUUGAGACGGACUCACCUGCAGCUCGAAACUGGGUGGGAAGUGAAACUUUACGAUUUGCAAUAAAUAUGUUUGUUUUUCAGCUACAAAACCCACAUUCAAAUCAAAUCAACAGGUUUAUACCCUCUCGGUGUUAAAGGAUCAUGUAAAACAGGAUGGAGGGCUAGUUUUUUGCGGUUUCUCCUGCAGACACCUGCGCGCGCGUGUCAGUGAGUUUCGCUGUAGGUGAGGACAAAAGGACUGACAGCGGCCAAUUUGACAAAUACGUCGUAUGACAUGGAGCCACUCAAAUCUGGGGAAAAAAUUCCGGACCAUGACUUGGACCAGACAGAGCAGUUUCUUCCAGCAUCAGAUGCAAAAAAGUUGCAGAAGAAGAGGGUAUCGUUGAGGGCCAUCGUGGCAAUAGGUCUACCGACAGCACUGGCGAUCAUUGCAUUAGUAACUGGACUGUUAGUGUGGCAUUUCCAUUACAGGUAUAAUGGGAGGGUGAGGAAGAUGUUCAGUGGUUAUUUGACCAUCUCCAGUCAAACGUUCUCAGAUGCUUAUGAAAAUAGUAACACCAUUGAAUAUAAAGAACUGGCUUCAAAGGUCUCAAGGCAGCUCAAAGGUAUAUAUGGUCAAGUGCGCUUGCUGUCAAAGUACCAUGUGGUGUCCAGUGUGCAAGGUUUCAGUGAGGGCAGUAAUAAUGGUAUCAUCGCUUAUUACCUGUCUGAGUUUAAUGUGCCGGAGUCCCAAGUAUCUGCUGUGGACGAGGCCAUGGCAUCCAUGGAUGGGGGGGAAAAUGCAAGGAAAAGCCGGAGGGGGUUUGGUCGCAGGACUGACAAUAGCCUCAUCAUUGACGUCAUGACGUCAGGAGCUGUGGAUGCUCGGUUAGCUGGCAGAAACCUCAAACGGUCCAGUAAGAGGUCUCAUCAUGCUCAUGGGAACCAGACAGACAUUAUCCGGUCUCCAGGUUUUCCCGAUUCCGCCUACCUUCCCAACCUUUACACUGAGUGGCAGAUUCGGGCCGACCCAGAGCACAGGAUCAGACUGGAGUUUGACGUCCUAGACUUGGAGAAAGAUUGCCGUAAUGAUUUCAUCAAAGUGUACGACUCAUUAGCACCAUCAGAGAAGCAAGUCAUAGCGGAGAAAUGUGGAUAUCGCUUACCUGAUGAGAAGCUCAUUUUCAUCUCCUCUGGGAAUGUCAUGCUGGUUACACUGGUUACAAAUGAGGAGAAAAACUUCCCAGGUUUCAGGGCAUUUUAUUCUCAGAUUCCAGCCAAAAUUCAAGACUGUGGAGGGAGACUGAUGGGGCUUCGUGGUACCUUCACAUCACCUGGCUAUCCCUCCCAUUACCCACCUCAGACUGACUGUGUCUGGAACAUUGAGGUUCCAUCAGGAAAGCAUAUCAAGGUGAAGUUUGACAAGUUGUCUAUACAUAGCCCUGAACAAAACCCCAUCAGCUGUCCAGCAGACUACUUGGAGAUAAACUACAG